UCGGCCGCGCGGAAAACGAAAUGAAACGUCAGACGCCAGCAGGCAGCCAGAGCGCAGAUGUCGCCACUCGAAAAUGAAUCCUUCAAACGUAAACAUGGCUGAUGAUGUGCGGCAAGCCGCCCCAAAAUCUCCCUCGAAUAACGUGAUAUCGGAUAUGAAUCACGAUGAAGCGAUACUUGCACAGGAGAAAGAGAUUGAGCGCGAGAUUGCCGAGCGCAUACCACUGGUAGACACGAAGCAGGAUUUGGCCAUCCUCGAGAAGGAGUACGCCCUGGACGAUGAGGUCUACCAGCAGAAAGUCAAGGACCUCCGCAGCAAGUACCAGUCUAUCCGCAAGACGCGACCAGACGGCAACUGCUUCUUUCGCGCCUUCAGCUUCGCCUACCUGGAAAGCCUGCUGAAUGACCAGCAGGAGUACACAAGGUUCAAGCAGCUGGCCGAAAACAGUAAAGAGGUGCUCGUCUCGCUUGGCUUCCAGCGGUUCACAAUCGAGGACUUCCACGACACGUUUAUGGAUGUCCUCAAGAGGAUUGAGAACAACAUUACCUUGGAUGACUUGCUGAAGAUCUUCAACGACCAGGGCUACUCUGACUACAUUGUUGUGUACAUGAGGUUGCUGACGUCCGGCCAGCUGCAGAAGGAGGCAUCGUUCUUUGCCAGCUUCAUUGAUGGACAGAGGACCGUGCAGGAGUUCUGCAAGCAGGCAAUGGAGCCCAUGUACAAGGAGAGUGACCACAUCCACGUCAUCUCAUUGACGCGCAACCUAGGCGUUGGUGUACGCAUCCAAUAUAUGGACCGCGGCAUCGGCGGCAAGGUCAACACCCAUGACUUCCCCGAAGACCGUGAGCCCCGCAUCCACCUUCUGUACAGGCCAGGACACUAUGACAUCCUGUACCACUCAUGACUGCUGUGUUGUUACGACCGUUUCCGUCAGGGUGCCAGGAUGUUUCUCAUCCUAAAUUUUUGUUUGUUUCAUUUUGUGUUUUCCUUGGGAAGAAGGAAAAUCUCGGGGCAGGGAAAAGAGUGUGUGAUUGUGACCUGGGCUCCGUUCACCCACAGCCAUUUCCAAAAUUUUGGAGAGAGAAAAUUAAGUCUCUUGUGUUCAACAUUGUCUUUCUUUCGCUAUUUUGUUUUUGUUUUUGUGUUCUUUUUUUCUUUGUCCUGCUUGUGAAUUUCAGUGCUGAAGUCAAAACAGACAUUUAGAGGAGCGUCACUGAGGGAUCUGCUUUCAAGCAAAAGUACGAAAUCUGCAGAGAAGCUCGACAGCGCUGCUGGACUUUGCUUCUGCUCCGAGAAAGUGUCUCGUGCCAGGAUGUUCUCGCUUCGACAAGUCAAUAAGUAGCUUGCAUCAGCUGAAGGAAGCUGAAUUUUUUUUUACCUUGACAGCGGAGCACGCAUUUUAUUUAUCCCAAAGCUAGCCCCUCCCCUCCCUUACCCAUGCACCCGUGGAAUUUUCAUGCUCCCGUGGAAUUUUCAUGGAAUGGACACACUCGGACUCCAUGAAAAAAAAUAGGGGGAGGGAGGGAGGAGAACAGCAUGAUCCAACUCGGGUCUUUUCCCCCAACUUACUCUCCUGGCGUUUGGAAAAUCAGGAGAGUUAACAGCUGUAUUUCCAAGCCUUCAUAUUGCUGCGAGUUCAUAAACUCCUGAAAAUCUGGAGUGUCGUAACGUUUGAUGCCAGAUGUCGUGUCAGAGGUGAAUCAGCUGUAAUGCCUAAAGUAGCUGGCAUUGCAUUCUGCCACUGCCCAGCUGCAGCUGCUUCGAGUGAUUAAAAUAGAAUGCACUCAUUCUUGGAGCCAGCCUUCUAGAGAAGUCUUCCACCACUGAAGUUGAGAGGCCUGUUUACAACCAUUAGGCAACACAGAAUCUUGUUUUCACACUUCUUUCUCUUUGAUUUCUGGCAAACCAAAUUCAUUAAGUAGUAAGCUGUGAAGAUUGGUUACUGUUGGAUCAUCCUUGCACAAAGUAAUGUACAAGGAUUGCAGCAGUUCACAUUUUUUUUCCCCACUGUCAGAUUUGAACAGCUUUCAGAAGAUGGCAUGUUGUAACUGAAAACUGCUCCUUAGUUGGUUCAGUGCCACUUGUAGGCAUUUGACAGCUGUGGCUACAGCAAUGCAUCAUCAACUUGCAGGAAGUAACUAGAAACGUAAAUCCUGUUUAACUGUGAGCAGCGACCUGCUCAGUCCUGUUCUAAGGUAAAUGUACUUUGAAAAUUUCCUAUGCUCUCAAGUUGACAAUACAAUUUUGUCAGCUUAUUUUUUUUCCUCAGCACAAGCUGUGUUCUGUUUAGCCACUUGCAUAUUGAAGUUAAAUGCGGUGUUUUGUUCCUGCCGUCAGCACGAAUGUGUUGUGAUGCAGCGGAAGAUGAUGUUAGCGUGUUUUUGUGUUUGCAUUGGAAUGUUUGGGCAAGGUUGCUGCAAAACGCCAGAACCAUUGCCAGUUUGGGUCUUCAGUCCUGCUCAUAACCUGAGUAGCUUGUUUGUAAACGUAAGCUGUCUAGGGUGGACUUCUUCCGUAGCUGUCGGGAACAGCUAGUUGUUUGCAGUCAACAAUUUUCCCAUAAUCGUAAUAACCAUUACACAUUAUUAUUGGCAUCAAAUCCUGAAGUCAAGGUUUGAAAACUGCCUGGUGGGCAUCACACGAAACCAUUUAGUCACAAUGUUGUGAGCUACCAGGGCCUCGCCCUUUACGGGUCGCUGUGCUCGGUUGUUCCCCUCGGGAGCAUCUUGCAACGGCCCGUGUGGGUACGACACAAGUGUGCCGCUGCGCUGGGAAUUUAAUCCCCCUGGCACAUUAGUGAAUUCUGCUUUUCUCGUUUCACAGUCCUUGUUCCAAAACCUGCAUUGAUUGCGUGGAAGCUCACUGCCAACUGCCCGUGCAUUGUGUGGUGUUGGGUUAAGCAAAAUAACUUGCGUUUGUCAACACUGGCAUUGAGGCUCGCGCUCUGCACGGCAACUAUUGCACGUGUUUUGGCCCAACUGGGGAUUCCCAGCUCCUGAUGUGUUACAGAAGUACAUGUUCCAGUAAGUCGCCAAAGUUGCUGGUGUUUUUCUUUUGUCAAGACGGACAAUGUUUUGCAGGUCAUGCAAGCAGCAGGACGACAUUCUAUUUUGUGUAAUUUAAGUAUUCCCGAUUUCUUUUUGCGCUUUAAAAAAUGCCUUUAUUGACUUGUGUUUCAAUAAAGAGAGGGUUUGUUUGCACAAA